UAGGUAAAGCAAAGAUUAGGUUAACAAUAAGUUAGGUUAGGUAUACGCACAAGACUCAAAACGAGCAUGUGUUUUUUCCGGUUUUUUUAUCUCUUUUGCUAUUUUGAUGUUUUGUUGAUUUAAUUAUUUAAUGAAUUUAAUCUGUUUGAAGGGACGGAUAGUUUAAUCCAUAAAACAGUUGCCUGUCAAACGAAAGAUUCGAUUCCCUAUUUUGUCGUAUUUUGUUAGGAAUUUGCAAAGGAAAAAUAUUCCACUGUGACAGACUCGAAUAUCUAGAGAAUUCAGAAUAUAAACAAAUUCAAGCAAAUAUCCAUAAAGAAGAAAAGAAAAUCAUGUUAUGCCCAGAGACGUGGAACGUUGAACCGCCACCACAUUACAGCACCACAUUACACUUGGAUAUGACAACAAAGUUGAGAGAAGGAAAUAUACCCACAUUGAUAAAGAAUCAUUACUUUAAUCAUUCAAUAUCCAUGGUGUUUCCUGAUACCAUUACCAUUCCAUUGAGUUUACAUAAUUGUUUGUCGGAGGAUACAGAUUAUUAUCAAAUAAAUGGGCUGCGCGUCAGCGAUCUUUUAAGAAUAGAAUUUAUCGAGGCUUUUGUUAAAAAAGGAGAAAUUAAUCUUUUGACAAUAGGAAACAAAAUAGACUUGCAGAAUUCCAUUUGUGUAACUCCAACUGGAUGCUUAAUACUCUCUUUGCUAACAGAUGAUUACCAAGCACUUGGUUUAGAAGGGAGUCCUUCUGCCUUUGGUCACAAGCCUCAUACACGUUACAUAGUGAAGAUCGAUCUAACAAACGAAAAUUUUGUUCCUGGUAAAAAGAUUUAUGAAAGAAUUCGAGUAGCGUUAGAAGAACGACUUACCCAGAAGUUUGAUGUUAUAAUAUCUUGGGAUCCACCAGAAAUCAACGUGUGCCCUUCGUCUGUAGCAGCAUGGUUUCACGCACGCGAUUAUAAUGUUUAUCUUUGUCGCCAGAAAUUUUCCCAAAGGACUAAGUAUUCAUUAACAGUACCUACUUACGAGGACAGAUGUGACAAGACCGAUGUCGAUUUCUUUGAAUGGCUCGGAGUCUUCAGCAUUAAUGGUGAUCUAUCUACCAAGGGAAAGGAUGAUUAUUCAAACACAUAUCGGUCCCCUUCUCCUUCGAUACAUGUUGGACAGGUGCAGUAUUUACAGUGGACUGGAUUCUUUACACGACGGAAGAUUCAAGAAGCGUAUAAUGCUUUAAAACAAUAUGUAUUAUCGCGAGACACUUUACCAUGGGUUAGUUUAGACGUACAAGGAUUUGCAGAUAGUCCUACUAGUUUUGAUUUGAAAGAGCACACAUUUUUCACCGAUGGAGAUAAUAGUUACACUAUUGUAUUUCGAUCUAAAAAUGACGUUGUCAUACGAAGAAAUUUAAGUUCUAACAAUAAAGUACGUUAAAUUUUUUGUUAAUAUA